GAAUGGGCUAAAGAAAAGCCCAUUGAAAAAUGAAGAAGCAACGGAAGAAGAAACAAGCAUCAUGGAGGAAAACUGAUGGAUGGUUGAUCAUGUUUUCUCAUUACUGAAUAACAGGGAUUCCUGAAACUCCUUGUGUCUGUGUUGUGGUCUAACAAAGAAGAAGACAAAAUGAGCACGAUUGGUAUGGAGGAACUCCAAAUUUCUCCGAGUGAUUCACAUCCAGGAAAGGACCAACAAGCGGCCGGAGUGGGCAUACUCCUUCAGAUCAUGAUGCUUGUUCUUUCCUUCAUCCUUGGUCACGUUCUUCGCCGUUACAAAUUCUAUUAUCUGCCCGAAGCCAGUGCUUCUCUUCUUAUUGGUCUAAUUGUUGGUGGACUCGCUAACAUUUCAGAUACAGAAACAAGCAUCAGGGCUUGGUUUAAUUUCCAUGAGGAGUUUUUCUUCCUGUUUCUGCUCCCUCCUAUUAUAUUUGAGUCUGGGUUCAGUUUAUCACCUAAACCUUUCUUUUCUAAUUUUGGAGCCAUUGUCACAUUUGCUAUCCUAGGAACCUUUAUAGCCUCAAUUGUUACAGGUUUUCUGGUUUAUGUUGGUGGUCUUGUGUACCUGAUGUAUAGGCUUCCUUUUGUUGAGUGUCUGAUGUUUGGUGCUCUAAUAUCAGCAACAGAUCCUGUCACUGUUUUAUCCAUAUUCCAGGAACUUGGCACAGAUAUGAACCUUUAUGCUUUGGUGUUUGGAGAAUCUGUCUUGAAUGAUGCAAUGGCAAUAUCCUUGUACAGGACAAUGUCCUUGGUGAAAAGUCAUGCGUCAUCUGGAUCAAAUUUCUUCAUGUUGAUUCUCAGAUUUCUUGAGACAUUUGUUGGUUCAAUGUCUGCUGGUGUGGGAGUUGGAUUUACUUCUGCAUUGCUUUUCAAGUAUGCUGGUUUGGAUAUUGACAACCUUCAAAACUUGGAGUGUUGCCUUUUUGUUCUUUUUCCAUAUUUCUCAUACAUGCUUGCUGAAGGUCUUGGCCUCUCUGGUAUCGUGUCGAUAUUGUUCACUGGAAUAGUCAUGAAGCACUAUACCUAUUCAAAUUUGUCAGAAAACUCUCAGCGAUUUGUUUCUGCAUUUUUUCACCUAAUAUCAUCACUAGCUGAAACAUUUGUAUUUAUAUACAUGGGGUUUGAUAUUGCAAUGGAACAACAUAGCUGGUCCCAUGUUGGAUUUAUCUUUUUCUCAAUUUUAUUCAUUGGAGUUGCAAGGGCAGCAAAUGUCUUUUCUUGUGCAUAUUUGGUCAAUUUGGUUCGACCUGCACAUCGUCAUAUACCUUUAAAACAUCAGAAAGCACUUUGGUACAGUGGACUUCGAGGGGCUAUGGCUUUUGCCCUUGCUUUGCAAUCGAUUCAUGAUCUUCCAGAAGGACAUGGCCAAACCAUAUUUACUGCAACCACUGCUAUAGUUGUAUUGACGGUGUUGCUAAUUGGGGGUUCAACUGGUACCAUGCUGGAAGCUUUACAAGUUGUUGGAGAUGGCCAUGAUGGCUCCAUGAGAGAAUUUCAGAGUUUUGAGGGAAAUAAUGGUUACAUUGCUCCCUCAUAUGACGAUGAUGACACAUCAGGGAACAGGUUGAAAAUGAAACUUAAAGAAUUCCACAGGAGUGCAGCAUCAUUCACAGCAUUAGAUAGGAAUUACCUUACUCCUUUCUUCACAAGUCAAAAUGGAGAUGAAGAAGAUCAUGAUGACCCAAUGCCCAGUUCAAGAAGAGGGGGCUUCCAUGGCAAUGACUAAUAUCCGGUGACAGUUUCGAGUAACACAUAUGACACCAUAUUUAAUCAGCUUUGUAGAUAAUUAUUUACUGAUGACAGGCAGAAAGGUUUCAUAGUCACUCAAAUGCCUACCUGCCGACUGAGAUGCAAGGUUAUACAUUUGUAGAUGUCAUACCAAUUAGACAUUUUCUGAGCAGUUAAACAUAUAAGAAUUAUCAGUGCGUCUAUUGCAAUUUUUCUUGUUCUAGUA